AUGCUGCCAGAAUUGAGCGAAUUGUACCCAGAAUGCGACAUCGAUCAGGCCGAUGUAGGAGUUCCAGGUCAGACCGCCCCCGAAGAUGAAUCCAGGAUGCGUGCCAUUAUGAAACGCCAUAGAAAGAUAUUCCUGGGCGAUGGAAAUGCUGCACCUGCCCCCGCCAGAGGCGUGGUAUGUGACCUCGAUGUAGGAGAUGCCAAGCCUAUCGCAUUGCGCCCAAGAUCGAUUGGACCGCACGUGGCAGUCAAGGUAUACGAUCUCCUCAAGAAAUUACUCGAGAACAAUCUGAUUGAACAUUCCAAAUCGCAGUGGGCAUCUCCGGUCGUGAUCGUGCAGCAAAAUGGAGUGGACAUCGGGAUGUGUAUUGACUAUCGACUUAUGAAUAAUUUCAUCCAGCUGUCUAGUUAUCCGCUACCUCUCAUCGACGACCUGUUAGUUGGUUUUGAGAAAGCACUCUGGUUCAUGAGCCUGGAUAUGGCCAGCGGCUUCUGGCAUAUCAAGAUGACUGAAAGAGCCAAGUUGAUUUCCGCCUUCGUUUGUCCGUUUGGGCAUUUUCAGUGGAUCCGGAUGCCAUUUGGUCUGAAAAACGCACCCCGGAUCUACCAGCAAGUGAUCAAUAAUUGCCUGUGGGGAUUCGUGCGUCUACCACCAGAAGAGGAGGCAGAAGUAGACCAAGAAGUUUUGAAUCUGGACCGCCAGGAUGAUGGACCCCCAGGGUGUGGCACUCCAGGGUGCGCCGGUUGUGAAGACGACCAUGUCCCUCGUUUGUUGCCUACCCUGGCGGACCAAAUGACAGUGUUCAAAAGGAACAUCCCUGCUCCAACCCAGAUGUCACCUGUCCUAGGGCGCAGCUCUUAUAUUGAUGAUAUCGCACAUGGCGCACCAACUUGGGAUGCACUGUGUGCUGAUUUGGAUGCUUUGCUAUAUAGGCUGCGGUAUUGGAAUAUUUCAGUAAGUCUGCAGAAGAGCGCGUUCGGAAAAUUGUCCAUCCCGUAUUUGUCACACGAAAUUAGUGCUGAAGGAAUCAGGGCAACACCGAAGAUCGCUAAAGGUGUCCAGGAUUUACCGUUCCCAACUACCCUGAAGGGAGUGCAAUCUUUCUUGGACAGCCUCAAUUAUUAUCAUAAAUUCAUCGAAGACUACCCUGUGAUCGCAGCCUCCCUGUAUGAGCUCUCGGAUGACCAAGUGCGUUCAGGGCGAGAUCUCUCCAGGGCAAAGCAGGCGUUUGAAAUCCUGAAACACAAGAUCGUAUCGACCCCGGUGUUGAGACACCCUGACAGGACCAAACCAUUCGUUAUUAUACCCCAUGCAAAUCAAUGGGCUGUUUGUGCGGUCUUGGGUCAAGAACAUGAUGGUUUGAUUCAGCCAGUGCGUUUUACGGGGCGUGUUCUCCACGAUGCGGAAUUGAGAUAUCACAUCGCGGAAAAGGAGGUCAUCGCCGUGCUGAGGAUACUACAGGUGUUCAGGACACUCAUUCAAGGUUGUCCUCUCAUCGUGUACACUAGACACCAUUGUGUACACUAG